AUGUCAGUUCAAGCUGUAAUUUCAAGAUUCGGGCAACCCCAUACUCUUCAUUUGAAAAACCAACACGACUGAUUCUAUAUCUAAAAGUUUUCCCUAUUCACACAAAAUUCAUUGUUUGAAAUCAAAAGGGGAUAGUUGGAUCGCUAAUAUGAAUACCUGGUCCGCCUGCUCACUAUGCCAUCCCCAAUGCAGGUUGCGCGGCUCGCUGGUGGAGAUGUCACGUUCCAAUCGCCACACAGACUGUAGCUUCAUCAUCGAACCGGAGAGUGGAGUGAGCAAGUCCUUCCCCUGUCACCGGCUAAUCUUCAGUUGUGCCUCAGAGGUCUUCGACCGGAUGCUGUAUGGUGACUAUAACGAGUCCACCAGCGGCGAAGUCCAUCUGAACGACGUGGACCCAGACGUGUUCGAGAAGUUCCGGGACUACGUCUACGGUUAUGAGUGCGAGAAACUAACCCACUACGACUUCGAUACCCUCAUCCGUCUGUGUGAGUUCGGCAACAAGUACCUGGUACAGUCCAUCGAGGAGGACUGUGUCCGGGAGCUACUGAACCGCAAGGAUACCUACGAUAUGGGUGAACUGUUGCGGCUGUUCCAGUGCGCCCACCGUCUGAACAAGAAGCACAUGAUCGACCAGGUGGCCUGGGACCUCAAGUGCAACUUCUCCGGCUCUCUCAACCACUCCGGCAUCUAUGAGUUCAAUGCGGAUGUCUUCAAGCACUACAUUGAGGUGAUAUCCGGCAAAUUACCGGAGGCAGAUCGGUUCCGUCUAAUGGAAAUGUACCUCAAGUACAAUGGUCUCGACGAUGGCGAGUAUACCUGCUCCGAAAUGGCACCGGUGGAGGGCACCGGUAGUCAGGGCGAUGCCGAAAAGGCAGUUCCUGAGAUGCCCGCCGCCAGUGGCACACAGCUUCAGAUUCGUCCCAGUUCCAUUAUCUUGUCCAACGAGGAGGAGAAGCGCAAAUAUGUAAGUGACCUGGUCGGACUGAUCGAUUUCGCCAAGUUCUCGCCCAAGGAGUUCUACGAGGGUCCUGGGAAGUCCAGUUUUCUAAGCCUAGCACAGAAGUACGAGUAUCUUUACAAGAUCGCUAGGAAGUGCGUCCAGGCCAAGGAGGAGUUGCAGUUGAAGGUGUCGCCUGCCACCGAGCAGACACCCCUUCUCUCAGACACCCGACGUGUCGUCACCCUGGGCGGCACCCUAAUCCGUGAUGAUCCUGUUUCCACGGUGAUCACCUCGCACCACUCGCCGCGUUCCAACCGACGGUAUCGGAACUGGUCGUCCCAUUGCGAAUUCGGACCGGCUAUUUAGCUUUUAAAACUAAAUCUGUUAUAUUUUAUUAAUAAAAAUUAUUUAGAAAAUU